AUGACUCAUCUUUUUAUGGAUAUCAAACAGGAACUGCAGCUAGAUGACACGUCUCUUCUUAUUCCAAAAACAGACGUUGUUAUCAAUGUCACAAGAACGGGAAAGGCUGUGACUCUCAUAAACCUUUCUUUCACGGGGUCAGAAACUGUGUUUCGCAUGUUCAAUGAAUUGUUUCUUUUAAUGUGUAUUCCUUCCCUUGACAGUUUCUUCCGGAAUCAGACAACUGGGAAACUAAAGGAAAUGAUGGGAUUCAUUGUAGAUAAUGGUCCGUCGGAAGCCCAAAAUAACUUCUCAGUUCAAAUGUUAAUAGUCAGGCUGGUAAAGUUUCUUGAUCUGGACAAGGCCACUCAAAGGUCAUUUGCAGAAUAUUUAAGUAAACGAAAUUUCGUGGAACGAGUUCACACAGUGGAAAACAAAGUCCUUUCCGAUCACGGUCCAUUCUCCUCGAAACAGGUUCAUGAAGCAGGGUCUCCAGGUAGCAAGGAACACAAGGAAAAUAUGGAGCGUAUGGCUCAGGACAUUGUAAAGUGCAUCGGGAAAGGUGUAUUUAACAAGGAACAGAUUAGGUGUUUUAGGGGAACAGGAAGCGAGGAAAAUUAUAUCUUCGGGGAUGAAGAGGAGUUGAAGAAUUUUAGUCCGUUAUCAGAGGAAAGAAAACGAAAGGAUAAAACAUAUUAUCUCCCUAUUAAGAGUGAAAAGUGA